AUGAGCCAACAGCGAGAGUGUUGUAUUGUACGACUGAUGGGUGUUCUCCACCAGUCACGCGGUAUCUCUAUGACGGCGCCUGAUGAGAUCCUUAAUCAGGGUCAGACGGUCUUGAAAGCGCUCACGGCGAUCAUCGGGCUGUUGGAAAAAUCGAACAAAACCCGAGAAGCAAAUACUUUGAAGGAUGUCCUUGAGAUUUGUCGCCAGCCCAGGGAGUUAGGUGGAUUAGAUAUAUCCAAAGAUGAGCAAACAAGCUCUGAACAGGAAGCAGAGAUUAUGUUCUUGUCAUCCGCAUGGCUAGAGGCGCUAAAUUCAGUGGAUCGUGCAGCGUCUUUACCAGACCCAAUACUACAACGCCCGGUGGGUCGCCGGGGAAUGACGCUCAGUGAGAAGAUAUUUGCCAUGCAUGACCUGACCAACAAAGGGUUUGUUGUUCCCGGGGAGCUAAUUCGAGUUCAUGUUGACUGGGUCAUUGCAUCAGAGGCAUCCUGGGCUGGCAUGGAGAGAACAUAUGAAACUCUUGGGAGACCGGGAAUAUUUCGAAACGAUCGAUUUUGGCUCGCAGGAGAUCAUGUCGUUGAUCCAAGGGUCAACAAGCUGCCAAAGGUGCGAGCAUUAAUUGACGCAAGUGAACGAGCAAAGAAGGUGUUUAAGAUGACGGAUUAUCAAGGCAUGAAUUACACAAUUCUUCAUACCGAGUUUUACAGAGAACGUGCGCAGCCUGGCAUGGUAAUUGUAGGAUCAGACUCGCAUACGUGCUCAUCUGGAGCCUUGGGUUGUCUUGCCAUUGGGUUAGGUGCUGCAGAUGUUACCUUGCCUCUGGUAACGGGAGAGACGUGGUUUAAGGUACCGGAAUGCAUUAACAUUCGCCUGGUUGGGGCUCCAAAGCCUGGAAUAGGUGGGAAGGAUGUGAUUCUGUAUAUUCUGCAGCAGCUGAAACGAAACACUGUUGCGUCGGAUCGAAUCGUUGAAUUUACUGGACCAGGUGUCACACACCUUUCUUGCGACGCGAGAUUCGCAAUCUGCAACAUGACUACGGAAUUUGGUGGUAUUACUGGCAUCUUCGAGCCAGAUCAAAUCACCCAGGAAUUUGUCCAAAAACGACAUUUGGUACGACACAAGAAUCUUGCGACAUAUUUCAAGCCAGACGGUGAUGCAGCAUAUGCUGCUACAUAUGAGAUCGAUUUGGGGAAUGUGAGAUCUUUCUUGGCUAGAUAUCCCAAGCCCGACGAUGUUGUGCCUGUCCAAGACUGUGAAGGGAUGAAACUAGACGGUUGUUUCAUCGGCGCGUGUACUACAGCGGAAGAGGAUUUGAUUCUCGGUGCCCUCGUCCUCGAGCAAGGACUGAAAGCGGGGAAGAGACCCGAAUCUGGAUUGAUCAACAUCUAUGAAAAUGCUGGGUUUGAAAUUGGCAUUCCUGGGUGCAGUUACUGUGUGGGUAUGUCGGCAGACCAGGCCGGCCCGGGGGAGGUUUGGCUGUCAUCCCAGAAUCGGAAUUUUGAAAACAGAAUGGGCAAAGGAUCGAUCGGACAUCUUGCCUCCGCCGUGACUGUAGCGGCAUCUUCGUUUGAUAUGCGAGUGACAGAUCCGCAUGAGCUACUUGCGGCUAUUGACCUCCAAACCUGGAAUGAGCUAAGGGGAGUAAAAUCAAGUGAAAAGGGGCGCAUGUCUGAUGGCCCCCAGUAUAUGGAGCCUUGUGGUGCUCAGGAUACAUCUCCGAUAACCCUUCAGCGGAAACAAAGUUCCGAUGGGGUGGCUUAUCUUGCAUCCCGAACAGGGACUACAGAAGAUUUCCCAACACCUGUUAUGACUGGCAAGGUUCAAAGACUCGGUGACUUUAUUGACACAGAUGCGCUUGCUCCAGCCGAGUUUCUUAUAAGCAUGAAAGACAAUGAAUUCAGCGGACUGCACUGCCUGGAGUAUACACAUCCAGAAUUUCGUGCUCGUGUUGGCCGAGGAUUGAACAUUGUGGUUGCUGGUAAAGGCUUUGGUUGUGGGUCAUCACGCGAACAAGCGGUGAUGGCUCUACUCGGAUGUGGAGUUCAAUGUGUUAUUGCAAGAUCGUUUGCCUUUAUCUUUCAAAGGAAUAUGCCAAAUUUGGGAUUGCUGGGGAUUACUAUGCAGGAUGAACAAUUCUUUGAAGCUGCUACAGAGGGUGUCGACAUUACCAUUGAUUUUCAGAAAAGAGCCCUGAAGGCUGGUGGCAAAGAGUUUCAGUUUCAAUUGAGCCAGAUGGAGAAAAGGCUUUAUGACCACGGUGGUAUUUCUUCGGCAUUUCGGCAUUUCGGAAAACAUCUUUUUGAAGCGAUGACGACUACGAGAUACACUGCGAAGUCCUAUGGGGAAUUAGCAGAGACGAAGCCUGAGCUUCAAUGGUAA